AUGGCGGAGAUGGUAUGUCUAAUCUGUGCAAAGAGGAUGCAUGUUAUUCUUGUUGAGUUGGUGAUUUCUUCCGAAUGGGAUAGAGACUGGACUGGGGCUCUCAAGCCUUGCUUUUCCAUUGUGGACCAAGAGGCUAUUUUUAAUUCGGCUUUGAGGCUUGUUGGUUCGACGAUGGUCAUGGCGAUCGUCGGUGGUCACCAAAUCAUCAUCUCUAACUGUGGCGACUACCGCGCAGUCCUCUCCCGUGAUGGUGUCACCAUCCCUCUUACUGUUGAUCAGAAGCCUAACAGGCCUGAUGAGAAGGCUAGAAUUGAAACAACUAGAGGUUUGGUUCUCUCUGUAUUUAAUCCUCGCAUGUUAGGAAUAUUGAACAUUUCAAGGUCCAUAGAGCCAGAAAUUCGAGUUAGCAACCGAACUAAAGGAGAUGAGUUCCUUAUCUUAGCUAGUGAUGGAAUUUGGAACAAUGUCAGCAAUGAUGAAGCAUGUGAUGAUGUUCCUAAUGCUGAAGUAGUUUAG